GGUCGGCAGGUCUUAUAUGUGGUAGGAACAGUUUGUGGGGACACCGGAAUCGCGCUCUUGACGGAGAUUGCCGGGGAACAUGCCUAAGUUUUACUGUGAUUACUGUGACACCUACCUAACACAUGAUUCGCCAUCGGUGAGGAAGACCCACUGCAGUGGCCGAAAACACAAAGAAAAUGUAAAAGAUUACUACCAGAAAUGGAUGGAGGAGCAGGCUCAGAGCCUGAUCGAUAAAACAACGGCUGCCUUUCAACAGGGAAAGAUUCCUCCCACGCCGUUCCCUGGUGGGCCCCCCCCAGGUGGGCCUCCUCGGCCAGGUAUGCUACCAACGCCCCCCAUGGGAGGACCUCCUAUGAUGCCCAUGAUGGGGCCCCCACCACAUGGGAUGAUGCCAGGUGGACCUGGAGGCAUGAGGCCGCCGAUGGGAGGACCCAUGCAGAUGAUGCCCGGACCGCCCCACAUGAUGCGUCACCCCCGACCGAUGAUGAUGCCCGUACGGCCGGGCAUGAUGCGACCGGACAGAUAAGACCGCAUGGAUGUUCUCCGCUCUUUGCUGCCAUGAACAGACUUUGUCUAGUGAGGACACUUGGGCUAACACUUUUUUCAAUACCACCUCUUAAAUCUUCAAAUGUCCACGCUGAAGUCCCUGAUGAAAUAAUGUCUUUUUUUUUUAAUACCUACCGUUUCUUCUUGUGCCGGAAUCGUGACAUUUAUUAAUUUUCCUUAAAUUAGAAGAAUUUCAGAUCCCCGUUUUAAAGAGUUUCUUUUUUUUAACGAAAUGCCCACUUUGUGUUCAUUUUUGAUAUCUCGUCUCACUCUGACAAACUGCUCAUUACCCACAUUUGAAGAGCGUGUUUGAUAUGACAAUAUUUGUUACUAUAUUUUUACUUUUUGUUUUUAGGUUUUACAUGUUUUUGUUAUAUUUCAUUGCAUUGGGAAAUAAAACAGUGAUUUCAAACUUGUUUCUUUAA